GAUGAUAAAUGACGAUUUUUGGGCGCCUACUACUAUUGCUUCUCAGGAAUUCUGCGAGAGAGAGAGAGAGAGAGAGAGAGAGAGAGAGAGACGAGAGCCAACAAGAAACAGGGAGAGGAAGUUGGGAAUCGAGCAUAAACAUACUUAUAUAAGCGGGCGAGCUCGGUAUACGGCAUAACCACCUCUAUAGGCGCACACCUGGAGCGACGAUAUAACUGGCCGUCUUGUUUCCUCCCGCCCCAAGUCUACCCAGCUGAGAGUCUGCGGCCCUCACCGCCCCAGCGACAAUGCACGAGACGCAGCACCCGCCGCUACUGGUCGACUGGGACUCGGACGACUCAAGCGAGGGGGCGGACCUCGAGCCCGUCACCACCGAGAGCUAUGAAGACCCGACCCUCCCAUCUCCCGAGCCGCCCGAGGCCGGCGAGAUCGAAGAGCAGGCCCAAGAUCCGGUAGUCAUACACGCCCGGGAGUACCAGCUUGAGAUGCUUGAGCUGAGCCUCAAACGCAACAUCAUAGUUGCGAUGGAAACGGGAACUGGGAAGACACAGGUCGCGGUGCUCAGAAUUCAAGCCGAGCUCAGCAAGCCUGCUUCCGAUAAGGUUGUGUGGUUUCUAGCGCCCACUGUCGCUUUGUGCGAGCAGCAAUUCGGAGUCCUCAGAUCGCAGAUCCAGUCUGUUCAGAUCAAGCUUCUCAGCGGCGCAGACGGCGUUGACACUUGGUCGGACGUUCGUACGUGGAAUGACUAUCUGAAGAACGUUCGCAUCGUUAUCUCCACCUAUCAGGUUCUCCUGGACGCAGUCUCCCACGGAUUCGUGCCUAUUGAUCGGCUAUCGUUGAUAGUAUUUGACGAAGCGCACAACUGCGUCGGCAAGCACCCGGGCAAGAAAAUCAUGGAUCGGUAUCGCGACAAUAAGGACGCGAGCCUCCCCGUCCCGUCGAUACUUGGUCUUACGGCAAGCCCCGUCAUGAGAUCCGAUCUUAGGGGCCUAGAGCGCAUAGAACAUACGCUAGAUUCCAUAUGCAAGAGCCCAACCAUCCACCGAGAGGAGCUCAUAAUCACAGUCAAGCGGCCGGUUAUAACCAGCGUCAUGUACCCCCUUCCUUAUGACAUCCCUCAUACUAACACCAUGAAAAGCGUCGCUGACGCAUAUGACGGCUUGGUCAUAUUUAAAGACCCGUACGUAACUCGGCUACAGGCCGACAAUACCGAGCGCGGCCGGGCCUCACUCCAACGAGUUUUACAGAAGAGGGACACCUAUACCUUCAAGUAUAUGGAAUCGUUAUUGCGCAAGAGCACAGAGAUGCAGAGAGAGCUUGGUUCGUGGGCCGCGGACUAUUUCAUAUUCAUGUCCGUCAAGCGGUUGCUCGAGUCCACCCAGGGAAACAACAUAUGGUUCCAGGAAUUGGGGGUCGAGGAGAAGCAGUAUCUCGCAGAGGCAUUGUUAAAGAUUAAUAUUUCAACGCCCCCCUCCUUCGAAAAGGAUAUCUCUCGGAUCAGCAUGUCCGAAAAGGUUAAAGCCCUUGUGCGAGAGCUCUCGCCUGCCGACGAGGAGACGAUCGGUAUCAUAUUCGUACGCGAAAUCGCGACAGUAGCAGUCCUGUCACAUAUGCUAUCCCUUCACCCGUCCACAAAGAGCCGUUUCCGGAUCGGCACUAUGGUCGGCGCAAAUACCUAUAACGGCCAGAAACGGGUAGACCUAGGCAAUCUCAUUGCGAAGAAUAACUACGAGGACCUCGAGAAAUUCAGAAAAGGCCAGCUCAACCUCCUCAUAGCUACCAGCGUUCUAGAAGAAGGCAUCGACGUCCCAGCCUGUAACAUGGUCAUCUGUUUCGACGAACCAGCUAACUUGAAGGCAUUUAUCCAGAGGCGCGGCAGAGCCCGGAUGAAGGAGUCGAAGCUCAUCCUGCUGACAGGUGACCCCAAGUUCAUGGUUAACAAGUGGACCAUGCUUGAGGAAGAGAUGAAGAAACGUUACGAAGAUGAGAUGAGAGAAGUCCAGGAGCUCAUAGAACUUGAAGAAUCCGAACAAGCAGACAUCGAGCCCCUGUAUGUACCGGCAACUGGAGCUAAGCUAGAUUUCGACCAAGUGAAGUCGCAUUUGCAUCAUUUAUGCGCGGGGCUUUCGCGCCGACAAUAUAUCGAAUCACAGCCAUAUUAUCUGUUUCAACAAGAAAAUGUCCUUCGAGAAGGGCCCCCGCAAAUCAGGGCGGUCGUGGUCCUGCCGAUGUCACUACCCCCCGACCUCCGAAGAGCAGAAAGCAAGUGGACGUGGUACUCCGAGAAGAAUGCUAGUAAAGACGCUGCAUUCCACGCCUUUAAGGCGAUCUACGAGGCGGGACUGGUCAAUGACAACUUGCUGCCCGUGAGAGACGAAAUCCUGCGAGACGUUGAAACCAGGGCUGCGCUUGCUGAAGUUCGUCCGCAAUGGAGACCCUGGACUCGAGUUGCGAACGCCUGGGGCCACCAAGCCGAGAGAUACACACGUAGAUUACGCCUAGUAGGCAAGCAGGGCAGUGUGAUGUGCGAAUUCGACUGUACGUUACCGAUUAAGUUCCCAGAGUUAUCGCCCUUCACAAUCUACUGGGACCAUUCCAACUGUUGGACGAUCGAAGUGGGCGAGAUGAAGACCGUGCCACCAAACGAUCUCUCCAGCGAUCAAAGUCCAGCACUGGUCGACCUAGCAUUCCGACAUCGCAACUUGACAGCCAAGAAUGCUCAGCAAGUCCUUCACAUUCGGUCGCCGACUAGAGAGAUUCCGUUCCAAGUGCUAUUUGGCCAAAAACAUAUCGAAGAGGCCUCUCUCGAUGACACGGUCGUCAUACGUUACCAUUAUGGGAACAUUGGCUUCUUCAAGGGCCGGCUGUCCUCUCUCGACCCGGCUGUACAGAUACCUGAAAAACUACAGGACGAACCCGCCGAUCAACCUUGGCUGGUGCUCCAGAAGUGGCCAAAACGCAGAGAUUUUCUCCGGCCGCUCGCGGAAACAGCCUCGGCGCCUUCUAAGAAAUCGAGGCAGAUUGUAUGGCCCAUGCACCUUUGUACGGUGGACGGUAUCGACGUUUCCAGCGUGCAUUUUGGCACCCUCAUUCCCUCGAUCACACACGUGAUAGAGGUUCAGCUAGUGGCCAUCGAACUAUGCGAGACCAUCCUCAAGGAUGUGCAGUAUUCGGAUCUCUCGCUAGUCGUAACAGCGAUCAGCUCGCCGGCGGCUAACGAACCGACAAAUUACCAGAGACUGGAAUUCCUGGGCGAUUCGAUCCUCAAGAUGCUAGCGACGGCUACCGUAACCGCAAACCACCCUCUUUAUCCUGAAGGAUACCUCGACGCCAUAAAGACUACCAUAGUGUCCAACUCCAGGCUGUGCCGCUCGGCGGUUGAGACGCACCUGGACCAGUUCAUCCUCUCGAGAAAGUUCACGGCCGCGAAAUGGAAGCCGCUCUACGUGGAGGACCUAUGUGAGGCCGCGGGUGCUGACGCGGACGAGAAGAGGGAAAUGUCGACAAAGACACUCGCGGACGUUAUCGAGGCACUCGUUGGGGCUGCGUAUGUUGACGGUGGGAUGGCUAAGGCGAUGACGUGCCUCAAGAUCUUCCUGCCGGAAGUGAAGUGGCUCAGCCUCGAGGAGGCCGGCAGAACGUUGUUCAAGCAAGCUGCCAAAAGCAGUGAGCUCCCGCCGGCUCUGCAACCGCUCGAGAAAUUGAUCGGGUACUCGUUCCGCAACAAGAACCUGCUCGUCGAGGCGGUGACGCACGCCUCUUUCGGCCUCAUCGAGGCAGCUGGUGUGUGCAUGGAGCGCCUCGAGUUCCUCGGCGACGCUGUUCUCGACAGUAUCGUCACGCGCGUCCUGUGGGAUGCUGACCUCGACCUGUCCCAGAACGAGAUGCACCUCCUCCGUGUCGCAACCGUCAACGCCGACCUGCUUGGCUUCGUCACUAUGGAAUGGACCGCCGAGCAGGAGGCCACCAACGUAUCCAACCCCAGGAUCCCUCCCCCUCCUUCGUCCUCCCUGGGGUCUCGUGCUUCCCCCGCGCCGUCGGCUUCGCAUUCUACUAAGAGUGGCACAUCUAGCACCCCUCUCUCCCCGACCAGCCACAGAUUUAAGAGGGCUAAGAUCGCCGCCCACCCCAUCAUCUCCACCUACACGGAAUCGAUCGCAUUCUUCAAGUUCCUGCGGCACGUGUCGACGGCGAUGACGGCGACACAGCUCAGGGCCGCGGCACGGCACGCGGCAAGGCGGGAGCCGAUCGCGGAGGCGAUCGAGCGUGUACACAGCAACGUCGAGAAUGGUCACAAAUACACCUACCCAUGGGCGGCUCUCGCGGAGCUGCGUAUCCCCAAGUUCUUCAGUGACCUGUUUGAAAGUGUGCUCGGUGCCGUUUGGGUCGACGCGAGCGCGGACGGCGACGCGGGAUGGCGCGACGAGGCGUGUGCCGCGGUUGCCGAACGCGCCGGCGUCGUACCGUUCCUACGCCGUCUGCUCGCCGCCGGUGCCGAUGCAGACGUGAGGCACCCCAAGAACCAGCUUGGCGAGCUCGCGGCAAAGCGGGGCCUGACGGUCGAGUACCGGUGCGAGGCCCGGGAUAGAAACGGUGGUGAGGGCGGGGCGGAAGGGGACGGAGAGGAAGAAGAAGAAGAAGAAGAGGAGGAGGAGGAGGAGAAGGAGGAAGAAGAAGAAGAAGAAGAAGAUGGAGGAGCGCCUACUCAGGAUUCGGGGAUAUCCGGAGAGAAAGACGCAGUGGGAGAUGUGAAAGGCGGAAAGAAGCUCGUCUGCACGAUCGUGAUUGGGGACGAGGUAGUCGUCGAGAUCGUCCGCAGGGGCGCGACCCCCGAUGAGAUACAGGCCGUGGCGGCAGACGCGGCCUACAGGAUACUCAGGGAGAGGUACGAGAGGGGAGAAGAAGAGGAGGAGGAGACGCCAGAUGUGGUGAUGCAGGGAGCGGCGCUCUGAUUUACCGAGGACACGCGGACGAGCCGAGUAACGAAUAUGCUGGUUACGAAGCAGUAUGGCAGGCGUCGGUACGGACGGAAAUGGCGAUGGGGAAGGGGGCAGGGCCCUGGCCACGCCGCCCAUGGAUGGAUAUCCAAGGUUUAUUUCUGACUUUCCCUACUUUACCUUUUUUGAUUCGAGGGCAUUUGAUGGAUACUACGCGCGAUGAUCUACGGCAGGUCACGAGGUUGGGAUAUCGGGGAGAUGGAUAGUUAGAGAUAGAUAGAUAGAUAGACGACUUAGGCUUGCCUACCUACGUACCAUUUUAACUUGGAUACACUCGUAAUUACUGGUUAUUUACCUCGUCUCUG